AUUUUCAUAAUGCUUUGAGGAUUUUCUUAGAUUUUCUACUGAAACAAAAAUACCAAUAUAUUUACAAGUAAAACUGCUUCUCAACACUCAAAACAUUAUUUUACAUAAAGCUAACAUCUAUGUAAUUUACUAAGCAGUGUAUAUCUGCAGCAAGCCUCAUAUUAUUAAGUUUGUUUUUAAAAAAUAUUUUCACAAUGUACUUAUCCUCAAUAAAUUACAUAUUUGUAAGGAAAACAGGUUCAGUUAUAAUUUUCAAAUGUUAUUUUGUGUUCCAGCUUGGAUGCUUGGAGACCCAACCAUUGUGACGUUGGAUAACGUGACAUACUUGUUUAAUGGCAGAGGUGAAUACACUAUGAUGGAUGUCCAAUCUGAGAACUUUACACUACAGGCCAGAACAGACAGAGCAGAAACAAGCAAUGGAACUUUAACAAACGCAACUGUCUUCACAGCUUUUGCUGCUAAGGAAAAGGAAAUUUCACAUUUCCAAGUGGAACUUGCAGCCAGUAAAACAUCCAUGUUCCUGUAUGUUGGUGGCCAGAAUAUCACAGAAACCUUUUACACAUCUGUAGACUACCGGCUUUCUCUCGAAACUAUUGAAGUUUUCAGGGAUGAUAGUGGAAACAAAACCAAAGUGGCUGUUGUAUUUCCUUGUGGUGUGUCAUUUGCCUUCCGAGUGGGGUACAAAAGUCUAGAACUGGAAAUGCAAGCACAAAAAACACUUCAAGGCAAAACAAAAGGCUUACUGGGCAACUUUAAUGGAAACACAAAAGAUGAAUUCACUUUACCAAAUGGAACAAUUUUAAGAUCCAAUCUCACUGAAAGGGAAAUUUUCUACAACUUUGCAAAUAAAUAUCAAGUAACUCAAGCUAACUCAGUGUUCACCUACAGAGAUGGGAAAUCUACCCUAGAUUACCAGUUUCCUGACUUUGUGCCAUUUUUCAGUGACUCAGCAACUGCUAGUCAGUUGCAAAAAGCGAGAGACGUUUGUAAAAAUGGGUCAGAUUCCUGUGUUUUCGACUACAUAGUCACCAAUGAUCUAAACUUUGCAAUCAACACAAACAACACAAUUUUACAAUCUUUGGCUGUGAAGAAAGUUCUCGCUAAUUCAUGUCCUGUUUUGAGUGUUGUGAGAAACACAAAUUAUGUGAAUGGACGUUGGUUGGUCCAGGAAGGUGUUGCCAAUACACUGAAUUUUAAAGCUGUUGACAAUGAUACAGAUGUGGUAACUUACAUGUUGGUAGAAGGCACAUCUGCUGCAAUUCUCACACAGAAGGGAUCAUUGACUUACACUCCUUCAGUGAACACACCGGUCAAUAUGGCGCUUAGAGUAAAAGACUCCAAAGACUGCUACUCACCUGUACUGAACAUUCCAAUAACAAUUUGUCCAAGAUGUAGUGGACAUGGUCAGUGUAACAGGAACAUCACCAGAGAGACAGAAUAUUUUGGAGGCCUUGUCAGAGUUUUUAAAUGUAGCUGCUUGCCUGGAUAUUCUGGUAGGUUUUAAUGUUUAAAAUCUUUAAAAAU